AUGCGGUGCCCAAUCCCGCAACUUGUCCUGCACUCGUCUGGCUGCUGCAACACCUAUCUGCACUGGGGCCACUCGUCUAAGCCCGGUCUGGAAUGCGGGCUGGUGCCCCUAUGCGGCCUGUGCGUCCAGCCUGCCUUUGCUGCUGUACUGGCUACUGCUGUGCCUAGUCCCUCUGUGCCUCCUCCCUUGUCGUCUCUGCCUCUCUAUGCUCUCCCCCACCCACCUGCCUCCUCCCAUCCCCUCUCCCCAACCCCAAACCCCCCAGCACCCUCGCCCUAUCCCCCCCCUCCAUACCCUCCCCUCCUAACCCCUGCGCUCCCGCCGUCGUGUCCCCCGCCACCUCCUCUCUCCCUCUCUCCCCGACCCAGCCCGCACCCAAGGGCUGGGUCGCCCCCUGGACCCGGAGCCCGACCUGCCCUUGCUGGCCAUCCCGCUGUUGCCCCUGCUGUCCCCUCUCCUCUACCCCACUCGCCGGCCUCUCCUGCCCCUGCUGAACCUCCAGUUGCUGGCUGUGAUGUCCUCUCUCCUCUCCCCCACCAACCUGCCCCUCCUGCCAUUGCUGGCCAUGCUGUUGCUGUUGCUACUGCUGCUGAUGCUGCUGCUGCUGCUGCUGCCUUUUGA